AUGCCGCCAUCUCGCUUUGCUGCAGUGUCUCGAUGGCGCAACUUGGAGCUCACGGCCGGCAAGUCGAGCACCGGUAGGCACGAAGAGGUGGGGCUUGGUCUCCCAUCCGAUCCCAACACGUGCUCCACAAUCCUCGAUCUUUGUUCAGAUCACUCAGGCUCGCGACUCCUCUUUCGAUCCAACACCUCUUCAACUCACUUGUCCAUCAUCUCCAAUGCUUUUGGAGAGCAAGCAUUCGGCAAGCAUGCUCGGCGCCUCCCCUCUCUCGCAGCUGCACCACCUGGCGCUGGCUCGCUCGCGGAUUUUGCGAUAGAGACAUGGCAAGCCAACCCUCUGCUUGCGGCAGGCGGGACGGACGGCGCUAUUGCCAUUCGUAGCCUACCAUUUCCCGACCAGGACAGCUUCGAAGCUCAACUUGAAAGAUCAAUUCCGUCCUUGGCAGUCAACGGCACUCCUACAGGCCCUGCAACCUCUCUGACCUGGCAUCCCACCAGCAGAGGCAUUUUGCUGGCAGGCACCGGCAACGCACUGCGACUUUGGGACGUACAGAGCACCUCGCCUGAACCCACAACAGAGUUGGACUUGGAUAAUGUGGGCGUGCUCAAAGCUGCUUGGUCGUGGGAUGGCAAGCUUGUGGGCGUGACUAGCAGGGAUGCAACUGUAAAGCUGUACGAUCCACGAGCAUCCUCAUUACGACCAGUCUCUUCAGCUCAAGCACACGCUUCGAAGAUCAAGCCGACCCGCUUGACCUUCGUCUCAACAUACUCCAAUGCGCUCUUGACGACCGGCUUUGACGCCAUGCGAGCAAGGGAAUGGGCGCUGUGGGAUCUUCGCGCUAGCCAUUCAGCUGUUGCGAGAUCAUCUUUGGAUGUCAGCACCUCUCCCCUCGAACCAGUCUGCGAACCAGACAGAGGUCUAAUCUUCUUGACCUCCCGCACCUCUACUAACGCUCAAUGGCUUGACAUCGGCUCGCAAAGCUCCUCGAGUCCUUCAGCAAGUGGUAGUGUCCCUCUGGGUUUGCCAGCUGGUGGGCCUCUGGUACUCGCUCCGACGCAGGAGCUGAACGUGAUGCGGGGAGAAAUCGCAAGACUCGUCAUUCCUGGCUUGCCUGGUACGGGAGCGUCCAACGAUUGCAUCGUGCCCGCAUCCAUCACCAUACCCAGAAGACAAUAUAUCGACUUUCACGCAGACCUUUUCCCUGACUGUAUGGAUAGGCGUUCGCCUGCCCAUACCACCGCCACGACUUGGCUAGGGGGUGAUGACGCUCAAUUGAAGAGACGAUCAAUGGAUCCUGACCACGCUCAAUGGACCGGCCCGCCUCCUGCAGCGGGCGCCAUGGAAACUUCUAGCGCUCUGAGACCUAAAUCAGCGGCUGCAGCUAGCACAGAUGCUGCUCCCGCCGCUCUUGAAUCGAAGCAAAGUCUUGCAGCUCUGGCCGCUCGGAACGGUGAUGGAGCGUCGGCCAUUCGCGCACCGGCACCUAAUGCCAAAGACCGGUCGCUGAAUGAUUUGGAGCAAGGCCCAUCUCACAACUCGAGAACAGAGGCUGUACCGAGCGAUGUUGCAGCAGAGGCAGCGAUCGUGCGCAAGACUGCAAUGUCGGACUCGGUUGACCCACCAGCGGCGGCCAGCACCAGCGUUCCACCACCCAGCAAGAGACAAUUUCUUACAUCCGCUCCCAAGUCAUCUACAGCAGGCAUGCCUCGAUGGUCCCGACGCUUCAUCGCUGGUCAGACACCCCUCAUCGCUGCGCACCAAAAUCUGGCUUCGCUGGACAUUUCGCGGGCUCCCGAUGCACGAAUGCUGGCGGUCAGUACCGAACUCUUUGUCUUCCCUGUGAGCGGCCCCGGUGGAAGACUGGGUGUACAGAGAAUUUCGCAGACUGGUCGACUGCCGUCUCCCACGCCUGCGUUAUCAAACGGCAGCCUGCUCUUGGACUUCGUCAUCGAUCAAUUCAACCCCCGACAAGUCAUUACCGCUGCCGAAGAUGGUCUGAUACGCGUCUGGGAUGUGCCUGAUGACCAAGAGGCCGCAGAAUUGCCGGAUUCUAUGAGCACUCCUUUGACACAAUUUGCUCUUCCCGGCGGAGGCAGGAGCGGAGAGCUUGCCGCGCAUCCACACGCUCGAGGGCUCUUGGCUGUAGGACCGACAGAUCCUGAAGGGUCACUGCACUUUCUGGAUAUCAGUGAGCCGAGCAGCCAGCGGGCAAUAUCGCUCGACAUUCCUGGUGGAGGAGCUUUCAGCCUUGCGUGGAGUCCCAAUGGCAAGCAUCUUGUGGUGGCAGGUAAGGACAAGACGCUGCGUAUCGUCAAUCCGCGAGCAAAGUCAGACUCCACCAGCCACAUUGCUGCUAGUGCGGAAGCACACACCAGUUCCCGCAGCUUCCGAGCCAUGUGGCUAUCUGAUGAGGUGCUGCUGACGGUUGGACAUGGUGCAGGCUCGGCGAGAGAGCUGCUGGUGUUCCACUUGACUCUAGAUUCGUCAAGCAGCUCUGCGACACUCAGGCGGAUUGCUCGACAAGGUCUCGACGUCUCUCCUGCAGUGCUGUUCCCUCAUUGGGAUCGGGAUACAGAAGUGCUCUGGCUGUGGUCAAAGGGCGAAAGGUCCAUAUCCUCUUUUGAGAUCAGACUCGCUUCUAUUACCAGCGCUUCGGCCAGUCACAGCAGUCCAAGUGACAUCUUCACGACAUUGCCAGCGUUCCAACACUCGCAGCCCCAGCUCGGUCUCGCGUUCUUGCCGAAGACCUCUGUAGAUGUCCGCAGCGUGGAAAUCGCCUCCGCUGUCAGGUUGUCGCGCACAGAGUUGCAGCGCGUCUCGUGGAGAGUGCCGAGAGCCAGGGUGGAAUUCUUUCAGGAUGAUGUCUUUGUGCCGACGCGGGACGAGGCGGUAUCAUUGCUAACGGCCAAGGAAUGGCUCGAGGGGCAGGAUGCACUGGUGAAUCACACAUUGAUAGAUCUCAAGCCCUCAGAUAUGACGCCGCGUAAGUGCAAUGCCGAACACAGCCCAGUACAUUUUGCCGUCCUUGCGCGACUGAGGAGCUAAUCUCCAUUGACUCUCUGCCCUGCAUGCAGUAUCACGAGCACCCGCACCCACGCAGACCUCGCACUUGCCGAAAGGACCUAUCAAGCGCCAAGAAACGGAGAGCGAGCGUAACGACAAGAUCCUUUCGUCCGUGAGUGCACAUCAUACGUUCCUUACGCGGAGCGGCUGGAGCUCACUCUGCAGGCACCACGUCUUCGCUUCAGGUCUUUGCGAAAGCCAAGUUGGACGAGGCCGAUCGAGCUGAUCCGAGUGCGAGGAACGCUGCUGCAAGGAGGGCACCGGAUGAUGAUGAUUGGGGCAGCGACUAG